AUGGCUACUUGUCGCGACAUCGAGGGCUGGCAGCUCGUCUCACGCCUCAGGGACUUUGACACCACCCCUUGCUUCGAGGAAGGCUUCCUCAUCUCUGGCCUUCUUGCCGCUGCUUUGCUCAUUGCCGUCUCAAAAUCGCUCGCACUAUACAACACGGACCCGUCGGCGAGAUCUCGUAAAAGUACAUGGAUAUUGCGGGCAAAGCUCGCUUUCCUCACCAUUUCCUUUGGUUCCAGUUUAGUCAAUGUUGUCCUCGUCGCCUAUCUCCAUAAGCCCGUUCCGGUCCUGCAAUCGUACAUCGUAGAGCCACUCACCUUGGCCGCCGUUGUCGUCUUCACCUAUUUCAACCACACUCGCACAAGAUCCGCUUCAGCACUGCUUCUGGUCUUCUGGCCACUGUACAUUUGCGCAGUAGCUGUUUGGACGAGAACUGUAAUAUUGAAAGGACUUCACUCUUUCGUCGUCAUUCUGUCUCUGAAAUUGAUGACCGCCGGAGCUGGCGCUAUAUCAUAUGCCCUCGAAUGUUUUGGGCCGGAGGUUGGACUCCUACCGUCCGACAACUUGAGCAAGGAAAGCCCGCUCCUCAAAGCCAAUAUCUACAGCAUUUGGACGUUCUCCUGGAUGACGCCAUUGAUGAAGAAGGGUGCCUCGCAGUACAUCACAGUAGAUGAUCUCCCUCCUCUAAAAUCGUCAGAUGAGUCCGCGAAUCUCGGUCAGGAUCUCAAGAAUGCCAUGGAAAGAUACACUCUCUGGAAAGCACUAUUUGUUGCUUACGGAAGACCCUACGCAUUCGCGGCCGGCUUGAAAGUCUUGCAAGACCUUCUUGCUUUCCUUCAACCACAACUCCUUCGAUGGCUGCUCAGCUACAUCUCCGAGUAUCAAAACUCGCGUCUCCAACCAAAUGAACGACCGAGUAAAAUAGAGGGUUUCGCGAUUGCACUGAUAAUGUUCAUUGCGUCGGUGGUUCAGACGAUCUGCCUAAACCAGUACUUUCAACGUACGUUCGAAACCGGUAUGCGGGUUCGCGCUGGCCUUGUCACCGCUAUUUAUGGGAAGGCCCUUGUUCUCUCGAACGACGAGAGGACUCGCGCAACUGGCGACAUCGUUAACUUGAUGUCCGUCGACGCAACUCGCUUGCAAGAUCUCUGCACCUAUGGUUUGAUUGCGAUAUCUGGGCCAUUGCAGAUAAUUUUGGCCUUCAUCUCGCUAUACAGCCUUCUAGGUUGGGCCGCCUUUGUUGGAGUCGCGAUCAUGAUCUUUUCAAUUCCUUUGAAUACUCUUAUCGCCCGCAUCUUGAAACGCAUGCAAGAGCAGCAGAUGAAGAACCGGGACAAGCGAACACGGCUGAUGAGCGAACUGCUGGCGAACAUAAAAAGCAUCAAAUUGUAUGCCUGGGAAUACAGCUUCAUUCGCAAAAUCAUGGAUGUACGGAACAAUCAAGAGUUAAAAAUGUUGAGAAAAAUUGGUGUUGUUACGGCAGCUAAUACAGCCCUUUGGAGCGGUAUUCCACUUCUUGUCGCCUUCAGCUCAUUUGCCACUGCUGCGGUCACGUCCUCAACAACUCUGACCUCGGAUGUUAUCUUCCCGGCCAUCUCAUUGUUUAUGCUCCUUCAGUUUCCACUGGCAAUGUUCAGUCAAGUAACAUCAAACAUAAUUGAGGCCGUUGUCUCUGUGCAACGUCUGUCAUCUUUCCUCGGAGCUGAUGAACUUCAGCGGGAUUCUCGUAAAUUCAUUGACCGGCCUAUGCUUCAAACUGGUGAUGAAGUCCUGGCUAUCAAGGAUGGUGACUUCUCAUGGUCAAAGAAGAAGACUCAGCUCACACUGGAAGGAAUUAACCUUUCAGUCCGGAAGGGGGAGCUUGUUGGGAUCUUAGGUCGUGUAGGAGCCGGAAAGUCGAGCCUUCUUUCUGCUAUCAUUGGGGAUAUGAUCUGUCUGGAUGGAGAAGUUGUAGUGUGUGGAAGUAUUGCAUAUGCUCCGCAAAACCCUUGGAUCUUGUCUGCAACCAUCCGUGACAAUAUACUUUUCUCACAUGAGUAUGAUGAGGCAUUUUACAAUAUGGUCAUUGAAGGCUGUGCACUCCAUCAAGACUUGAUGCUUAUGCCAAAUAGUGAUCUGACUGAGGUGGGUGAGAAGGGUAUUACAUUGAGUGGUGGUCAGCGUGCACGGAUUGCACUUGCUCGAGCUGUCUAUGCACGAGCUGAUUUGGUUCUUCUUGAUGACUGCUUGGCAGCUGUUGACAGUCAUGUUGCUCAACAUGUAUUUGAUCAUGUCAUUGGUCCAAAUGGUCUUCUUGCAACAAAGGCCUGCAUUCUUGUGACAAACAGUAUUGCAUUUAUCCAGCACUUUGACUUUCUUGCUUUUAUUCAUCAUGGUAUUAUUCUUGAACAUGGAUCAUAUCAGACCCUUGUAUUAAAUUCUAGCAGUGAAGUUGCAAAGCUUGUAAAGAGCCAUGGAACAAAGAACAGCUCAGGUUCAUCAACUCCAUUUACUAUCUCUGGAACUGCAACUCCAUUGAGUAAAGAUGAUCAAGAGGAUGUUAAAUCUGAAGACCUGUCUAGUCUAUCUAAGAAACUUAAACAACAAGCAAGCUUCCAGAAGGCUCGUAUUGCUUCAACUCUGAAGACCCAUGCUUCAUCCUCUGGUCCUUCAACAGAGCAUCAAGAGCAGGGACAAGUUAAGACAGAUGUCUAUAUGCAAUACAUUCAAGCAGCUUCAAAGACAGGAUUUGCUUUCUUUCUUUUUGCAACUGUUUUCCAGCAAGCAGCUUCAGUCUUUGCUACUCUUACUCUUGGAUAUUGGGGAGAACACAAUCAAAAAAUUGGCAGCAAUUCUGGCAUAUUCAAGUAUCUGCUAUUAUAUGGCUGUUUUUCUCUUUCCUCAAGCCUUCUUGGUGCUAUAUCUGCAAUCACAAUGUGGGUUUACUGUGCUUUACGCAGUGCUAAGCAUCUUCAUGAUUCUAUGUUAGAGUCCUUGAUACAUGCUCCUUUGAGCUUUUUUGAACUUACACCUACUGGCCGCAUCUUGAAUCUCUUUUCUCGAGACACAUAUGUUGUUGAUCAAAUUCUUGCCCGAGUCAUUCAAGGCCUUAUUCGCACACUGGCAGUUUGUCUGUCUAUUAUUGUGGUUAUUGGAACUAGUUUUCCACCUUUCUUGAUUGCUGUUCUUCCUCUUGGUUGGUUCUAUCUGCAAGUUAUGAAAUACUAUCUUGCUACUUCACGUGAACUCAAGCGCAUUGAUGCAGUCACUCGUUCACCUAUUUUCAUCUGGUUCUCUGAAUCUCUCUCAGGUUUAUCAACUAUUCGGGCAUUUCAUCAACAGGAAAUCUUUAUUGCUGCAAACCAGAUACAUCUAGACCAGAACCAGAUCUGCUAUCUACCUAGUAUUUCUGUUAAUCCUCUACUUGGUAUAUCAGCUUUGAUUACUACUGGAGUUGAUGCUGGAUCUGUUGGUCUGGUUUUGUCUUAUGCUCUUAACACCACUUCUUCACUGAAUUGGGUUGUUCGCUCUGCUAGUGAAGUUGAGCAAAACAUUGUUAGUGUUGAGCGAAUACUACACCAGACAGACAUUGAGUCUGAAGCACCUCAAGAAAUACCUGACAUGAAGCCUUCUCAUGUUUGGCCUGUAGAAGAGAUUAUUCAACUCAAUAUCGUCAUGGUCUAG